CCUCCUGGUGAAGUCAGGCAACUCCCUUUUGGAACGUGCGGACGCUUUGCUUUGACUGCUCUGCCUUGCUAGGCAGUCAACUCCGAAGUCCGCGGUCGUCAUGCCGAACAUCACUCGCUCACCGCUGUUGAGUCCACGAAGAAGCAGUGCACACAAGGAUCUGCCUCGAGCUAGCAACAAUGGCAGCAACGAUGCCGUCACGUCAUCCGUGAUUCCAUCAGCGGUCGCACUGGCCAAUGCAGCCUCAGGAACCACAAAUACGGCUGCGCACGGCACAAGGGCGACUUCUCGUCCUGCCAAACCAGCUGCGAGCGGCGCAGCUCUCUCUGAACAAUACCAAUUGCUGGAAAAGCUUGGAACGGGCUCUUUUGGCACAGUGUAUCGGGCUAUGCACAAAGAGACCAGACAGAUCGUAGCUAUCAAACAAAUAGAUCUGGAAGAUUCAGACGAUGACAUUUCCGAAAUUCAGAUGGAAAUCGCGCACUUAGCUCAAUGUGAUAGCGAAUGGGUCACAAGGUAUUACGGAAGCUUCGUGAAGGGGUACAAGCUCUGGAUCGUCAUGGAGUACCUUGCAGGAGGUUCGUGUCUCGACUUGCUCAAAGCUGGCCCAUUCCGCGAAGAGCACAUCGCGAUCGUCUGCAGGGAGCUGCUCUUCGGGCUCGAGUACUUGCACAAUGAGGGAAAGAUACACCGUGAUAUCAAGGCUGCCAAUGUGCUCCUCAGCGCCAGCGGAAAGGUCAAGCUUGCCGACUUUGGCGUCGCUGCUCAGCUCUCCAACAACAAGUCGAGGCGCAACACGUUCGUCGGCACCCCUUUCUGGAUGGCGCCGGAAGUCAUUCGUCAGGCAGGCUAUGACGCCAAGGCGGACGUGUGGUCCCUAGGUAUCACGGCCAUCGAGAUGGCGAAAGGAGAGCCACCGCUGGCCGAGUACCACCCUAUGCGGGUGCUCUUCUUGAUUCCGAAGGCCAAGCCUCCGGUGCUGGAAGGCAACUUCAGCCGCGAAUUCAAAGACUUCGUGGACCUGUGUCUGAUUAAGGAACCGAAGCAAAGACCGUCGGUAAAGGAGCUGCUCAGUCACCGUUUCAUCAAGGGUGCACGCAAAACGAGCGUGCUGACCGAAUUGAUUCAGAGACAUCAAGAGCACAAGGCGCGCGGAGCAAAUCGCGGUGGCAACAUUGUCCGCGAUCACCUCCAGUCAGCUAGCGAGAUUGCCGACUCGGACGCAGCCAGCACAGUCGGGCGCAACGGCACGAUGAUGAGCGAAUGGCAAUUUGACACCAUCCGAUCCACACUGGACUCUCCUGGAGAUCAAAGCUUGGAGAGCAUAGACGUCUGGGCAACGGUUGGCCGUGGACCACCAAGCGUAGGCGAGGAUCGUCCCGGAUAUGCCACUGUCAAGGGCCAAAGACCAGCCGAAGGGCUCAUGGGCGCUAUGGAAAGCACCGUCACCCGUCGCAGCCGUCAGCAAGCUGAAGCUGCGGGUGCCAUUGGGGCUGCGGCCGAAGAGGACGAAGCCAGCGUCAAUAGCGACGCUGAUCUGAGCGACUCUGCAUCACGAGGCGGCCGAAGUACGCCGGCAACGAGUGCAGCAUCCACGCCUAUGCGAGAGGACGUCUCGACUUCUUCUGUACACGUCAAUGCUCUCAAAAACUCCUUCAGAGGUAUGCGGCCAGGUGGACCUGAGCCAGAAGAUCUUGAUGCUGGCUCUUCAAAGUCGCAGCAUCUCAUUCCGCCACCUGGCAGUCGUGAUCAGGUUGCCGAGCCGGUCACGCCUCGCCAAGGUGUUGCGCACUCACCGUCAUCUUCAGUGGAUGCUACUGCGAGCUGGGCGCGUGCCAACGCAAACCGGUCACGGAGGAGUAGCUGGAACGAGCGCAGAGACAUCAACGGGACUGUGCUGCGAGAAGCGGAUGUGGCGUCUGGUAUGGACACCAUCCGGCCUGUGAAACGACUCGACGCAGGUGGCAGUGCGCGCAUCAGCGCCGAGUACAUCGGAUCUCUGCGAAAUGCCGAAGCGAGCCCCCGCUCAGCCUCGGAUCCGACCGCCUCUGCCUUCAAAUCACCAAAGGCUAGCGCCUCGAGUGGCUCCUCUACGCCUUCGCGACCGGGCCACCGCAAGAGUCGAAGCAGCGAGGGCAGCAUCCCCGAAGAAGCUGAUCUGGAAAGCGCGGGUCACAGUCUCGUCAACGACAUUGUCUUGCCUGUGCUGGAGCAGAGCAAGCGAGAAGAGCUGCCGGCGAGGGAAAUCGAAGCGCUAGAGAUGAUCUCCAAGGGCUUCUCCGAGUUGGGCGAAGCGAACCCCAAGCUGGCAUACACGACCAUCGUGGAUCUCUUGGUGGGCAUGAGCGAGAACGAGCAGGCCAGAUCCAAUAUCUCAACUACCUUUAGGGCCAAGCUUCAACCGAGCUCACCUUCUCAACAUGCCCAACCGGAGGCGGAGAGGAGCUCGCCCAUUGUGGAUUUGCUUUAUGGCCGUUGGCUCGAAGGCCUUCGCAAUCGCUGGGCUGGCGUCGUCUGAGGCUAGCACACAUUUCAUGGACAAUUUCUAUUCCUUUCUUUCUUCCCUCUCCCUAGGACAUUUUUUCAAGCGAUGCAAUCUCCCUAUUGCAGCAUUCUUACUGCGCGCUACUGGAUCCACACCCGAGCCCUGGGGCACAGGUCCGGCUUCACAUGCGCUGCCUUUAUCCGCCCCUCUAUCGUGACACCGCCCAUUUCCUCACUUUGCUCGCUGGCAGUCUUCCACUCGCGGGCAGCGAUUCCU